GUUUUGGGUGUUUGGAUUUUCAAGUUCACAUGGCAAACCAUUCUAAUGUGUUAGACUUAGGUCAUGUGAAUGGAAAUGGAGAGAGGAGAUCAGAAAAACAAGAAUUAGAAGAUGAAGAAAGUUUCUCAUAUGCUAUACAGCUUGGUAGCUCUAUGGUGCUACCGAUGGUACUCCAUUCUGCAAGUCAGCUUGGUGUAUUUGAUGUGUUGCAAAAAGCUGGUAAAGGUGCUCAACUCUCUGCCGAUGAGAUUGCGUCGCGUAUUUCUUGCAGCAAUCCUGAUGCUCCCAAAAUGUUGGAUCGCAUUCUUGUUCUUCUUGCAUCACAUGAUGUGUUAAAGUGUUUGGUGAUUCAAGAUGAACAAAAGCUUGGAUCAUUUCAUAGACUUUAUAGUAUGACUCCUGUUGCUAGGUUUUUUGCUCCUAAUUCUGAUGGUGUUUCAUUAGGACCCUUUUUGGCUUUGUGUCAAGAUAAUGUUUUCUUAGCUAGCUGGUAAUCCGGGCUUAAGAAUGCAAUUCGAAAAGGCGGUGUCCCAUUCAACAUUGUUCAUGGCACACAUGCCUUUAAUUAUUCAAGCUUAGAUUCAAGGUACAACCAAGUUUUCAAUAGAGCUAUGAUCAAUCAUACCAAAAUAGUGAUGAACAAGGUUCUUGAGAGCUACAAUGGUUUCGAGGGCAUAAAGAGGCUUGUUGAUGUUGGAGGUGGUCUUGGGGUUAACAUUAACUUGAUCACAUCAAAAUACUCUAAUAUACAGGGUAUCAAUUUCAACUUGCCUCAUGUCAUUCAACAUGCCCCCUCAUAUCCCGGAGUUGAACACGUUGGGGGAGAUAUGUUUGAAAGUGUGCCUAAAGGAGAUGCCAUCUUUAUGAAGUGGAUACUCCAUGAUUGGAGUGAUGAGCAUUGCUUAAAGCUUUUGAAGAAUUGUUAUGAUGCUAUCCCUAAUGAUGGAAAGGUGAUUGUUUUAGAGGCACAUAUUCCCAUUGUGCCUGAGAAUGGUUAUGCUUCAAAGUCUAUUGCCCAAUUAGAUGUUAUGAUGAUGACUCAAUGCCCAAGAGGAAAAGAGAGAACUAAUAAGCAAGAAUUCAUUGAUUUGGCAACUAGAGUUGGAUUUAGAGGCAUAAGAUAUGAAUGUUGUGUUCGUAACUUAUGGGUUAUGGAGUUCUUUAAGUAAAGAGCAUGUGCAAAUGCUACUUGUUUUUCUACUACUACAAUAAAUUUUAUGUGUGUUGCAUGGUGAAACAAAUCAAAUAAUAGACAUGUAUAACUAUUAUGCGGUUAUGUAUUCAUUUUGUUAAGUGGA